AUGGAACGCGGACAUAGCCCGAAGCGGCGCAAGCUCGACCCCGAAGAGUACUCCAUCGCGCCCCGUCCAAAGUUCCGCAAGCCGAACCACGCUGCAUCUUCCCGAGCGCAUACACCCAAGUUGCAGGACAAUGGCGCAACCCCAUCGCAGAAGUCUUUCGAUGGGCCCGAGCCGCUGGUGGACGACUUUGAUUCCAUGGCGCUGGAUCGCGACUGGUAUGGCGGCGAGGAGAACGGGCACACGUUCGGAGACGACACUCACAACCCAUUCGGCGGCGCUGAGAGCACAUGGCUGGAUGCGCAACGCGAGGCUGCGCUGACCGAAAAGAAACAAAACAACCGAGCAAGCAUGCGGGCGCAACAGAAGCAGAAGGACGUAGACGCGUGGGAGACGAAUCGGAUGCUGCAGUCUGGAGUCGCCCAAAGAAGAACCUUUGACGAUGACUUCGACGACGAGGAAGAUGCCAUGCGUGUGCAUAUUCUUGUUCACGACCUCAAACCGCCCUUUCUCGACGGAAAGACUGUUUUCACCAAGCAGAUCGACCCUGUUCCUGCCGUACGCGACCCACAGAGCGAUAUGGCUGUCUUCAGUCGGCGUGGCAGUCGUGUUGUCAAGGAGAAAAGGCAGCAGAAAGAACGGGCUAAACAGACGCAAGAAGCCACCAGCGCCAAGGGAACUACAUUGGGAAACAUCAUGGGCGUCAAGGAGGAGGACACGGAUAGUGCUGCCCCAGGCCCCGAAGACGAGCAGAAACAGGGCGGCAGCAAGUUUGCUCAGCAUCUCAGCAAACAAGAAGGCGCAAGUGCUUUCAGUAAGAGCAAGACACUCAGAGAGCAGAGACAAUACCUUCCGGCCUUUGCAGUUCGAGAAGACCUCCUGCGCGUGAUUCGAGACAAUCAAGUCGUCAUCGUCGUCGGUCAGACGGGCUCUGGAAAGACGACCCAACUGACUCAGUUCCUUUUUGAGGAUGGCUAUGCCAAGCAAGGACUUAUUGGGUGUACACAACCUCGUCGUGUUGCAGCUAUGAGUGUUGCAAAACGCGUGAGUGAAGAGAUGGAGGUGAAGCUGGGUGGUCAGGUUGGAUAUGCCAUCCGUUUCGAGGACUGCACUAGCAAGGAAACUAAGAUCAAAUACAUGACUGAUGGUGUGUUGCUCCGAGAGUCGUUGGUAGAACCAGACCUGGACAAAUACUCCUGCAUCAUCAUGGACGAGGCCCACGAGAGAGCUUUGAACACCGAUGUGCUCAUGGGUCUCCUCAAGAAGGUGCUGGCACGGAGACGAGAUCUGAAAUUGAUUGUCACAUCAGCCACCAUGAACUCAGAACGAUUCUCACGCUUCUACGGAGGAGCCCCAGAGUUCAUAAUUCCAGGGCGAACGUUCCCUGUUGACAUCCAAUACUCGCGAUCGCCAUGCGAGGACUAUGUCGACAGUGCAGUCAAACAGGUCCUCGCUAUACAUGUCUCCCAAGGACCUGGCGACAUUCUAGUCUUCAUGACAGGUCAGGAGGAUAUUGAAAUCACAUGUGAGCUUGUAGCCGAAAGGCUUAAACUUCUCAACGACCCGCCAAAACUCAGUAUUCUUCCCAUUUAUAGUCAGAUGCCUGCCGACCUGCAAGCAAAGAUCUUCGACAGAGCAGCACCAGGCGUACGCAAGGUCAUCGUGGCCACCAACAUUGCAGAAACUAGUUUGACAGUGGACGGCAUCAUGUAUGUGGUGGACGCUGGGUUUUCCAAGCUCAAAGUUUACAACCCGAAGAUGGGCAUGGACACACUUCAGAUUACACCUAUUUCGCAGGCUAACGCCUCCCAACGUGCUGGUCGUGCUGGCCGUACCGGACCAGGAAAGUGUUUCCAUCUAUACACAGAGCGAGCCUUCCGAGACGAAUUCUACAUCCAAACCAUUCCAGAAAUCCAGCGAACAAAUCUCGCCAACACAGUCCUCCUACUGAAAUCCCUCGGCGUCCGCGACUUACUCGACUUUGACUUCAUGGACCCGCCACCCCAAGACACCAUAACAACCUCUCUGUUCGACCUCUGGGCCCUCGGUGCCCUAGACAACAUCGGCAACCUCACCGAUCUCGGCCGCACCAUGACGGCUUUCCCCAUGGACCCUUCCCUCGCCAAACUCAUCAUCACGGCCACGGAAUACGAAUGCAGCGAAGAAAUGCUCACUAUCGUCGCCAUGCUCUCCGUCCCCUCCGUUUUCUACCGACCCAAAGAACGCCAGGAAGAAUCAGACGCCGCGCGCGAAAAGUUCUUCGUUCCGGAAUCUGAUCACCUUACCCUGCUCCACGUCUAUACGCAGUGGAAAGUCAACGGCUACUCCGAUGGCUGGUGUGUCCGCCAUUUCUUGCAUCCAAAAGCGCUUCGUCGUGCGAAAGAAAUCCGCGACCAAAUCUACGACAUCAUGUCCAAGCAGAAGAUGAAGCUCGUCUCCUGCGGUACCGACUGGGACGUGAUCCGUAAAUGCAUUUGCUCGGGCUACUACCACCAAGCUGCCAAGGUCAAGGGUAUAGGCGAGUACAUCAACCUCCGUACUAGCGUUACCAUCCAACUCCAUCCUACUUCUGCGCUCUACGGUUUAGGCUACUUGCCCGAUUACGUCGUGUACCAUGAACUUAUUCUUACGAGCAAAGAGUACAUGUCGUGUGUUACUUCUGUGGAUCCACACUGGUUGGCGGAUCUGGGCGCUGUGUUUUACAGUAUCAAGGAGAAGGGGUACUCUGCGAGAGAUAAGCGUAUUAUGGAAACCGAGUUCAACAGAAAGGCUGAGUUGGAGGCGCAGAUGGCCGUUGACAAGGCGAAUGAGGAUCGAAGGAUUGCUGAGGAGGAGAAUGGACCUGUGGUUAAGAAAGCAGGCGUGGUGAAGAAGAAGGAUGCGGAUGUCGAUGGGGUGGUUAAAAGACCGGUCAUUGGGAAGUCAAAGUUUAGACGGAGGUGA